AUGUCACCAUCUAUAUCCACCCAUAGACUCGUUGGAGUCAUGUCAUAUAUCACAUUAAUAUUAUUCUUAAUAACAAACAGCUAUGGCUCGCCUUUGCCACACGAAUCCGAAGCUGCUGUCAAUGUAUUAGAGGCCUCCGACUUGCCGCAUGAAGGAAGCGAUGAUACCACGAUAGAAUUAAGGGCACCGACGGAAGCCAAACCAUUCCUAUUGACAGAAAGAGCCACCUCGAGUAGCAGCAACACCAGCUUUCCCACAGCAUUCGACACGAUAGGAAACAACUUUACAGCAAAGAGCUGUCCAAAAUUCUUUGAUUACUUUCUCGCCAAUGAAACCUACAAAUCCUGCUAUGCAGUAUCCAUCCUUCUCCAAAACUCAAACACCUUCUUCAAAGACCUAGCUUCGGCAGUGACGUUAGACCAAGUACUCGACACAUCUUGCUCAGCCAACACAACUGCAUGCGUGACGUUCAUGACCAACCUCGCCGCCAAUCUCACAAGCAACGAUAACUGCGGCGCCGACUACAAAUUGGGAAACCCCACUGUAACCCAGGCCUACGAUGGAAUGGUCUCGUACGAACCCAUCGCAAAGGCAGCUUGUCUUGAAAAUCCAUCAACCCAUGAAUACUGUUUCACCGAAGCAGCUACCAACAGCACCAACAUUUCGGGGUAUUCUCUCUAUCUUCUCCCUCUAGGGAACUCCCUGCCUGGUGGCAGUCGGCCAGAGUGCAACCAGUGCACGCAAGCCACGAUGGCUGUAUUCAAGGACUCUGCUGUGGUCAAGGGGAGCCCGCUUGUGCGGACAUAUAUUCCGGCUGCUCAGACUAUCAAUAUCGGCUGUGGACCGAAUUUUGUCAAUGCCACAGUCAACGUCGGUACUCAAGAUUCUGGUUCAGCUUCGUCAAAGGUUUCGGCUAGCAGUGUAACUGCAACACCGCCGCCCUCCUUGGCGGUUGUCGGGCUCUUACUCGCGACUGUCAUGUUGUUCGCCUCACUUGUAUGA